GCCCCUCAUCACACGCGCACCGAAUGCUCUCCCGCUUGCUCAUUGCACUUGUAACAACUUGUUGCCAUCCAGUCUCCACAUGGGUCCGACCGUGGAGAGAGCCCUGGUUUAAAAGACAUCUGAAAGGGGACGAGUCCACUGGGAGACCCGCACAGCGAUCGUUCGGCAACGAGGAGCAUCAGAAUGUUGAUGGACCCACACUACGACCCGAAGUCCCAGCAGGACGGGAAAACAGAGAUCCCUGUGCUCAAAACCUUCACCAGGGGCCAGUGGUCCAACAAGCUUGAAUUCCUGCUGGCCGUGGCCGGGCAGAUCAUAGGGCUGGGAAACGUGUGGCGGUUCCCCUACCUGUGCUAUAAAAAUGGAGGAGGGGUGUUCUUCAUACCAUAUGUGGUAUUUUUGUUUGCGUGUGGGAUCCCACUGUUUCUGUUGGAGACAACCCUAGGCCAGUACACUGCCCAGGGCAGUAUCACCUGUUGGAGGAAGAUAUGCCCUCUGUUUGAAGGAAUAGGUUACGGAAGUCAGGUGGUGGUCUUAUACUCCAGCACGUACUACAUCAUCAUCCUGGCCUGGGCUUUCUUCUACCUGUUCUCCUCCUUCAGCUCUGAGCUUCCCUGGGCGUCCUGCAGCAACACCUGGAACACCGCUACCUGUUUGCCAUUUAAUAAUGGGGAUAGCCACAUGAACUGGAGUACAGCAGAAAAUGCCUCAUCACCGGUCAAGGAAUUCUGGGAGAGGAGAGUAUUGAACGUAACCGGGAGUCCCAACGAGAUGGGCAGCAUACGAUGGGAGCUGGCCCUGUGUCUUCUCCUGUCGUGGAUCGUAUGCUACUUCUGCAUCUGGAAAGGUGUGAAGUCAACCGGAAAGGUGGUGUACUUCACGGCCACCUUCCCCUACCUGAUGCUGGUGGUGCUGCUGGUCCGGGGGCUGACGCUGCCAGGGGCCAUCGUCGGGAUCAAGUUCUACCUCUACCCGGACCCGUCCCGCCUCUCCGACCCCAUGGUGUGGAUGGACGCAGGUACUCAAAUAUUCUAUUCAUACGCCAUCUGUAUCGGAUGUCUAACUGCACUGGGAAGCUACAAUAAGUACAACAACAACUGUUACAAGGACUGUGUUUAUCUCUGCCUUCUGAACAGUGCCACCAGCUUCAUCGCGGGCUUUGCCAUCUUUUCUGUUCUUGGUUUCAUGGCCUAUGAGCAGAACAUAGACAUAUCCAAAGUAGCAGAGUCAGGUCCUGGCCUGGCCUUCAUAGCGUACCCCCGUGCGGUGGCCAUGAUGCCCUUUCCUCAGCUGUGGGCCAUCCUCUUCUUCCUCAUGAUCAUCUUACUCGGACUGGACAGUCAGUUCGUAGGCCUGGAGGCUCUGACCACCGCCAUCUCCGACAUGUAUCCUGAGUUCUUCCACAUGGGCCAUCGCCGCAAAAUCCUCCUUCUCAUCAUCUGCCUGGGAUGCUUCUUUGUGGGCCUGCUGAUGGUGACAGAGGGCGGAUUGUACAUCUUCCAGUUGUUUGAUUACUACGCCUGCAGUGGGAUGACGCUGCUUCUGUUUGCCAUUCUGCAGUCUAUGUGCAUUGGCUGGGUGUUUGGCGCGGACCGUUUUUAUGACAUCAUAGAGGACAUGAUCGGAUACAGACCAUUUCCCCUUAUCAAGUACUGUUUGAAAUAUGUGACUCCAGUUAUCUGCAUUGCAACGUUUGUGUUCUCCUUGGUGAAGUACACUCCCCUGAAGUUUAACAACACGUUAGACUAUCCAUGGUGGGGCAUUCUUCUUGGCUGGUGGUUCACUCUGUCCUCCACCCUAAUAGUGCCCCUUUGGAUGAUUUUCAAGGUUGCAAUCACACCCGGCACACUAAGAAAAAGGAUCUCUAAGCUGUGCACCCCAUCAGAUGACCUGCAGUUGACACGACAAGCUAAAGCAAUGGAGAAUGUGGAAUCGAAAUACCAUUUAACAGAACUCUCAUGCUGUGUCUGAAAUCGCGCACUUCUAUACCUACACUUACUUUUUUGAGUGCACUUUGCACAAAAACGGAGAGUGUGCCAAAACGCAGUGCACUGGAAGCAGGUGGCGCACUCAAAAACGAUCUUGUCUACUUAGCAGAGGGGGCAGGAAUUUCAAAUCUACAAUGUUUUAGGCUGUAUCCGACCAGUGUUUUUAUGGUGUUAAUUCUGUAAUCAGAUGGUAUCAAGAACGAUAACGUGAAUACUGCUAGAUCGCUAAUACAGGCAACUAACGGAAAUGAUCAUGCAGAAAAAAGAAAUACCACAGAAGAAGAACCGUCAAACUGCAAACUCAUUUCAGUCGUUUUAGAGCCAAAGGUAACAAUUAUUUUAACACGUGAUUAGCAUUAGCGUAAUUACAAUGUGCCUUAACGAUCAUAUUAACCAGUAACCAUGCUACUGGGAAUAAUGUGCAAAGGAAUCAAUUAGCCAGUUCAUAGACAUUACAGCGAUGCAUGAUGAGGAAGGCUGAGAAUUCCUUUCUCUCACUCUGCUGUGUUUUGUUGUGACCAAAGAGAACUAUUUAGGCUCGAGGGCCACAUUGCGUUUUUUAAACCAAGUCAAGUGCCAAGACAUAGUAGUGUAUGCAUGUGAAAAGAUGUGAACCCUAUGAAAGUCAAACAUACUGGGGAAAAGAUGUUAGAGGAGAUGAAGAUGUAUAUUUUGGAGAUGGGGGGGUUGAUAAAAUGCUAGCAUACUGUAUAUAUAUGUUUGGAUAAACAGGUAUAUUUGAUAUAGUUAAAUAUUUGUAUCUUGAUAUAUCCUGGCCCUCUCCCACUCUGCCAUAGAGAAGGGGGAUGUCUCCUGUUUCUCUUCUUCUUGCUCACAUCUGUGAUGUUUCACCGGGGACUAUUUACUGCCUCACAGCUCAGAGAACACAAGAGAUCAGAAAUCGUACUUUGGUGGUAAGAGGGACCAAGGCUGACCAGAAGCUACCCCAUAAUACUCAGCUCUGACACUGGGAGAAUUUCUUCUCUACUCUUAGGAGUACUAUCAUUAUCUUGCCUUUUAUGCUUUAUGAAUGAGAUAAGCGUAGAAAAAUACUAAGACUCUUUCAGUCUAGAACAGGUGUUUUCAUAGCGCAUUUCACCCUAAUGGUGACUGAUGGCUGUGCCAUUUCUUACAUAUACACUCUAAUAAUAGUUCUUAAUUUUACUUACAGCGACUUUAAUGUAUGAGAAUACCAGAUAUAUAUAAACUGUAUGUGCAGAGAUAGAUCUUAAGAUUCUGUAUUAUACAUUUUAACGGCUACUUAAAACGGUUCCCUGGGGUCUUCAAAAGACAUUUGUGAAGUCUAUAUAUGCAAUAUGAUAAAGCCAGCUUUUGUAGUCUCAUUUCCUGCACUAAAAAAACUGGCAGUUUUUGAAGGGGGGGGGGGGUUAUGCUAACGAGCACAUUUAACGAGUAGUAGUUUACUGUAAAUCUGACCACCGCUCCUUAACCAGCAGUAAGGUCCCAUGACAUUAAACGUGAUCAUUCGUUUGGCAAAAAAGAAACAUUAAUUUUACUCCCAUCAUGGUCAAAUUUUUAUGGAUCUAGCUAGAGAAUAAAUCAGUUGAACCAACGCCAAUCAGGAGCUUUGAUAUAGUCACGUAGGCAAAGUUUCUCAACACAUAGACCUCUUAAUGCAUCCAUAGUGGUAAAUUACAUUUAUUAACAGAUUAUUACAACAAAACUUCAGAAUGAGACUCAAGAAAUUCAAGAUUUCAGAUUUUCCUCUACUAAAGUCAUGAUCGACAUGAGAAACAAGUGGAAGGGCCAAGAAUGAGGCCUUUCCAUAAUACGCCCCCUUGAACAAAGCUUCUGGGUCAUUUCAAGCGAAUCAGGGUGAUUGACGAGCAAGAUGGUUUCCCUGAAUCAUUCAGCGAAACCAUCUUGCUCGUCAAUCACGGCGUACAGAGAAGAUGCUUAUUUGUGCUGCUUAAUUUCAACUCUUUUCGACCUUUAAAUAUUACCUACAGAAGAUGAAAUGUGAACGUGCUUAAUUAUAAAAAUAUAUAUUGUGAUAAUGACACUCCUUGAUGAACUACGGGGCAACCAGCAGAUAAACAUAUCUUAUCUUACUAAGUAGGAACCUUGAGUCUCCAGGACAAUGCAAACAUGUUGCACAGCUCUGGUGCCUUAAUAUUCAGUUCUAAUAUCAAGUCAUGGGUGUAUGAAAAUAUAGAUAUUGUUCAUAUAAGAGUUGAACAGUAGUUUGUAUAAAAAUACUGUAUGUGUUUCUCUUAAUGAUGUUUAUGAUUAUUUUUAUCAUGGUUGUACUUCUUAUAGAUGUCAAACUCUUUUUUCACAGCAAUAAAGGUACUAAUGAUUUUUGAAAUAA